AUGCGUUUGCGGAUGUCUCUUGCAGGAGUCAAGGAUGAGGCGGCCAAAUUCGCGGAGGCAGCCAAGAGCGCGAACAUGGUGGCGCUGUCCCGCCGGAUAUUCUGCGACCACCUGACGCCGGUGACGGCCUACCGGUGCCUCGUCAAGGAGGACGACAUCGACGCCCCCAGCUUCCUCUUCGAGUCUGUCAACCAGGGUCCUCAGGGUCCCAAUAUGGUGAACGAUGCCUUCCUUAUCAUUUUAGUGUUCGUUUCUCUUCCUUUUUUUCCUUUUGUUUACGGUUCUUUAACUUGCUUUCUUCUCACUGUGAUGCCAUGUAGGGAAGGUAUAGUAUUGUUGGAGCGCAGCCCGCCAUGGAGAUUGUGGCGAAGGAGAAUAUGGUCACCGUUAUGGACCAUGAGGAAGGGCAGAAAAAAGAAGAGUUUGUGGAUGACCCUACGGUGGUACCAAGGAGGAUAAUGGAGAGAUGGAACCCCCAGUCCAUUGACGAUCUCCCUGACGUCUUCUGUGGUAAAUCUUAUCCCGUUUUAUGUAUCCUUUGAAGUCUAAAAGUCUAAGCAUAUAUAACGACUGCCUGCUGCGUCCUCAUUCGAAUACUCCGCCGAUAUUUGUCUUUUUCUGCGACGUUUAAGCCAUCCUUUAUUGGUACCUCGCCAUUUGGGGCUUUACAUGUUAUACGUUGAUUUUCUUUUGAGAGAAAAAUAUUUCCACGCGGCAGAGAUAUCUUGUUUCACUGUUCGCCAUCAACUAAUUGACUCGACAAGUUUUUGAGAUCAAUGGUGCCGAGUUUCAAUAUUCUCCCCCUUUGUCUGUUUCAUGCAUUUUAAACAAAAGUUGGUCAUAGACUACUCUCGGAUGACUAUCUUAUCCUCGGUCAUUCAAUCAGGUAAAACUUAUGUUUUAUCAAAUAAUCAUGCGGCUGCAUUUUUUUAAUUUACUUGACAGUAAAUGUUUUCCUUAUUUGUUCGGUGUAAUGCUGAAUCAAAACGAAACGCUGUUCUUUAAAAUAAAGAAAAUAGUUCAGAAUGAAACAUUUAUUUUCCCUGUUUGUUCUGUGUCAUAUCUAAUAUAUAAAAAAAACAGUGCAGAAGCUAAAAGGCCUUGGAGUCUGACAAGAUAUUUGAACCAAAUUGGUCUUUUUCAGGUGGCUGGGUGGGUUACUUUUCUUACGAUACUGUACGGUACGUAGAAAGGAAAAAACUUCCAUUCUCGAAUGCUCCCGAAGAUGAUAGAAAUCUUCCAGAUGUCCACCUGGGUCUGUAUAAUAAUGUCAUUGUAUUUGACCAUGUGGAGAAGGUAUUAUUUUUUUCCUCUCUUGAUUUAUUAUGCUUGAGAUCUACAACUUGAGAAAAAUUCCCCUGGGACGUUUACAGUUGGAUCGCCUUGUCCAUUCUGAUAGGAAACCAUAUGAUGAUCGUGCAUUGAACAAAAAACUUACUUUCCUUACCUUCGGCUUUCAUUCGUUACAAAGAAUGAAAUCUGUCACUCUUGGCUUGAUCAUUCUGUGUUUAUGUUAUCCGGAAGAAUCUAACUGCAUGCUUUAUAUAUCCCAUGAAUCAGAAAGCAUAUGUCAUUCAUUGGGUUCGGGUGGAUCGGUAUGCUUCGGUGGAGCUAGCCUAUCGCGAUGGAAAAAACCGAUUGAGCUUUUUAAUGUCUAAGAUACAAAAUAUCGAUCUGUGAGCAAUGAUCCUUCCUACUAGCAUCGUUAUUUAGUUUCUUAUCUAUCUGUUGCUUCAGCUGUGCGCUGAAUUGUGUUUAUUAACCCAUUGCUAGGCCAAAAUUAUCAGUAGGCUUUGUGGAUAUACGCAGUCGAGAAUUCAGAAGAUCACUGACAAGGGCGACCAUGUCUAGGGAAAUGUACAAGAAAGCUGUAUUGCAGGCAAAAGAGCAUAUUCUGGCAGGGGAUAUAUUUCAAAUUGUCCUGACUCAACGUUUUGAGCGCCGAACAUUUGCCCAUCCAUUUGAAGUAUACAGAUCAGUAAGAAUUGUGAAUCCAAGUCCCUAUAUGGCAUACCUUCAGGUGUGUUGACUUUUGACGCCUUAACUGUUAUUGGAUAUCACUUGUUCCUUUUGUUGGAGAUAUACAGAGGCUGCAUUAAUUCUUACCUGGCGUAUAGCAAAAUUUAUGGUGUCAAGUGCUGCGAUUGUCCUCUUUUUUACCAUGUUCUGACAAUUAUCAGGCCAGAGGAUGUAUUCUUGUCGCAUCAAGCCCUGAAAUGCUCAUUCGUGUGAAGAAAGUAAGUUGGUGCCAUUGUUCUUAUUUUCAGUUUGACCUCUUUUGGCUUAUUAGGUGUUGUUGAAUUCUGAAUCGCUCAGGUUUUUUUGGAUUGUAUGGCUUUGAGGAAAAUAAUAUUACACCUAUUGGUGACUCAAAAAUUUCGAUUUAUGGUGAAUCAAUUUGCAGUUAGCAAGCUUCCUUUAAUUCAAAUGUUUUUUUUUCUUUUUAUAUAAAUGAACGGAAGAAAAAAGAAAAUUAACAUCUGAAUCUGAUGAUAUUUCUUUCCAUUUUGUAACUCACGUAUAGCUGCUAUUCUUCUGAAUUUCUAUUCAUUUGGGUUGCAUCUUAUCUUGACAUGUCCAUGGAAGGCAUUUCCUCUUUUACUAACAGGGAAAGUUCAUCAAUCGUCCACUUGCUGGGACUGUUCGGAGAGGCGGGACAGAGGAAGAGGAUAUUGCAUUGGAACAGGAGCUGGUGAAAGAUGAAAAGCAGUGUGCAGAGCACAUUAUGAUCGUAGAUUUGGGAAGAAAUGAUGUUGGAAAGGUCGGCAAAUCUCUUAAUAGCUUGAUACCGUAUUUUGUAGUUAUUUCUACUAUAAUUCAAGUGAUGGAAAUUUGAGUAGAACCUGAAUUUCUAUUUACCUGACUGGUAUUUUCAACUGUCGAUUUUAUUUUUUUGUUUCUGUUUGCUGAUGGAACAGAGUUACAAGACUUUGUGUUUAGUUUGAGGAACAAUCUUGUGGUGACAUUUUCUGCAAGUUAAGUGUCAUCCUAGUGUCCUGUGCCGCCGCUGUGUCUAGGCUGAUAUAUUCCAUCAAUCUCUUUUCUUCUUUUUCAUUUUUUUUCUGGUUUCGUGUGAUUUUUUUUUUAUUGAAUCUGGAUGUGUUUCCCUUAUGCAAUUAUAGUUUACCCGUGAUACUUGGUGGACAAUUUCUUGCACCUUGAAAGCCUAUCCCUACUCAUGCUCCCCGGUGCUGUGAUGCGUGUUCAUACGAUAAGCAUAUUAUUUUCUUGGGUUGAUCUGUGCUCAUCCUUGCCCACUGGUUUCAAAGCGACCGAUGAUUGGCUUUCGUCUGCAGAGAUAGUAAGAGCGGUGAAAGAAAUUCCCGCAUAAUAAUUACCUCAUCCAGUAGAUAAUCACGGAUUUGUCAUAUAUAUAUAUAUUAUACUCAGCCAUAGCAGUGCUGCAGGUCUCAAAAUUCGGGUCUGUCAGGGUGGAGAAUCUGAUGAACGUGGACAGAUACUCGCAUGUGAUGCACAUGAGUUCCACUGUAAGGGACGGGUGUGGCACUUGGCCGCCGCUGGAGAUUUCCGAAUUCUUAGCUUUUACUGAUUUUUCUCUCCGUACGGGGGGGUGCCCAGACAUCCCGUCCUAAUUUAUGUUGAGUACCGGAUUACUUGCAGGUCAGUGGGGAGCUGCAAGAGCAUGCAACCUGCUGGGACGCUUUACGCGCCGUCAUGCCCGUCGGCACUGUAACCGGUACUCCCAAGGUACCCCGCUCUCUCUCUCUCUCUCUCUCUCUCUUCGGGUUCCCCUGCAUAUAUAUGUUGAUUGCUUGGUUAGGAUCUUGGUUGGUGCAAUGAAUGACGAGGAUGGUGCAACAACGCAACGCAGGUGAGAGCGAUGGAGUUGAUAGACGAGCUGGAGGUGACGCGGCGGGGCCCGUACAGCGGGGGGUUCGGGGGGGUUUCGUUCGGCGGGGACAUGGAGCUCGCCCUUGCCCUCCGCACCAUCGUCUUCCCCACCGCCCCCGGCAUCGUCUCCGACGGCAGGCCGCGCCGCCGGCGGGAAUGGGUGGCGCACCUCCAGGCCGGCGCCGGCAUCGUCGCCGACAGCCAACCCGACGAGGAGCAGCGCGAGUGCGAGAGCAAGGCCGCCGCCCCCUCCCUCGCCAUCGACCUCGCUGAGUCGGCGUUCCUCUGCUGA